GGGGGCUGCGUCCGCGGCGCAGGCGGCGGGAUGCAGGCGGCGGGCGGCGGCGGAGGGCCGGGCUGCGGCUGCAAGGGGAUCCGCUCCUGCCUGCUCUGCGAGGGGCCCGCGCCGGCCGCUCCGCCCCCGCAGGGAGAAGAUAAUUUCACUUACUGUCCAGCAACAGGCCUGGCUAAAGGAAAUGAGCACUCGGAAUUUGCUGGCUGGGCAUUUCCCUUUCCAGGGGUGUUCCUGGUGGAGGAGUUCAUUAGUGAAGAUGAAGAGUGUGAGAUAGUGGAACUGAUGGAUCGAGAUGACUGGAAACCAUCACAGUCUGGCCGAAAGAAACAGGACUACGGACCCAAAGUGAACUUCAAGAAACAAAGGCUGAAAGCUGGCAGCUUUAGUGGCUUGCCAAGCUUCAGCAGGAAGAUUGUGGCCCAGAUGAAGGCCUGUGCUGUGCUCAGUGGCUUCUUACCUGUGGAGCAGUGUAACCUGGACUACAGACCGGAGAGAGGCUCUGCCAUCGACCCCCACUUUGAUGACUGCUGGCUCUGGGGGGAGCGCCUGGUCAGCCUGAACCUGCUCUCAAAAACUGUGCUCUCCAUGUCCUGCGAUCCAGAGGACACCAUCCAAUUAUUUCCCAUUUCCAGCAAGGAGGAGUUAAGCCCCCCUGCACCUUUCACGCAGACAUCAGCGUGCAGAAGUGCAGGAGAAGAGGGCACCGAGUGCUUUCUGUGGCCGAGGCUGGCUCGGGGGAAGGCGGUGAGCGUGGCCGUGCCGCUGCCCCAGAGGUCGCUGGUGGUGCUGCACGGGGAUGCCCGCUACAAGUGGAAGCACGGCAUCCGCCGCAGGCACAUCGAGCACCGCCGCGUCUGCAUCACCUUCAGGGAGCUCUCCGCCGAGUUCAGCGCCGGGGGGAGGCACGAGGAGCUGGGCAAAGAACUGCUGCAAAUCGCUCUUUCCUUUCAAGGGAGACCCGUGUGACCAAGAGGUUGCAUUUUGUUGGGAGAGGUGUAAAAUGAGGUACGGAAUUUGUAUGACGAGGUUUAUUUCUGAGGUGGGGUAAGGAACCGGGUGUGUGCAGAGAUAAGCUCAAUAAAAUGAAGAUUUAACAAACAAGUAA